AUGCACGCACUGGUAAUAGGAGCCAUUGCCGUGCUUGCGCUGGCGGUGGCCUUCUGCUGCGGCCAGCAGCGGCCACCAGUGACCACCGGGACUGUUCACGGCGGGACACCUCACGCGGCCCUGCUCCUCGAGCCUGGUUGGCUCGCUGAAAUGCAGGCCGACUGCUUGAGGACGGGGCUAGAGAGGGUCGUCGGCCGCCGAGCGACGUCUGGUCGUCGCUGCUGGCAGAGAUGCCACAGCGGCGGCGGACGAGCUGCGGAAGUAGCCACCCGUACAAGGAAGCCAUGGGCUCCCAAGAAAGUGAGGUCCGAGGUGGAGGCUCCCGACCGAGGCAGACGCUCAUCGUCUACUUUCAAAACCAUUCUCCGCAAGUCAAAGGGGUUCCCACUGGUGGCCAAGGCCAGUCAAGCUAUGCUGGAGCGCAAGCAGGAAACGCGGCUCAUGCUGGGGAGCACUCGCGCCAAUCGCCGCUUCGAGUUGCUCAUGGCCAUGAGAAGGCUCGCAUAAGCUUAAAUA